GCGCGGGGCCGGGCCGGCCGCAGCACUGCACGCAGGUCCGCACGCGGCGCCUCAUGAAGGAGCUGCAGGACAUCGCGCGCCUGAGCGACCGCUUCAUCUCCGUGGAGCUGGUGGACGAGAGCCUCUUCGACUGGAACGUGAAGCUGCACCAGGUGGACAAGGACUCGGUGCUGUGGCAGGACAUGAAGGAGACCAACACGGAGUUCAUCCUGCUCAAUCUCACCUUCCCCGACAACUUCCCCUUCUCGCCGCCCUUCAUGCGGGUGCUCAGCCCCCGCCUGGAGAACGGCUACGUGCUGGAGGGCGGGGCCAUCUGCAUGGAGCUGCUCACCCCCCGCGGCUGGUCCAGCGCCUACACGGUGGAGGCCGUCAUGAGGCAGUUCGCCGCCAGCCUGGUCAAGGGGCAGGGCCGUAUCUGCAGAAAAGCUGGCAAAUCAAAAAAGUCAUUCAGCCGUAAGGAAGCUGAAGCAACAUUUAAGAGUUUGGUGAAGACCCAUGAAAAAUAUGGGUGGGUCACUCCUCCUGUCUCUGAUGGCUGACAUUUGCAAGCCUCACCUCAGCCGCUAAACAGAACCAAGUACUCUGACAUCUCCUCAGUGCUAUACACCGCCCGUCCUUUUCUACUUCAGCUUCUGUUAGAUACCAUGAAUGUCAAGGAGACAUUUAAGUUAUUUAUGAACAGAUAUGUUUACAGAGGGAGAGAAAACACAUGCUGUGUUGGGUUAUGUUCCAGGACUGCUGAAUGGUCAUCAUUAAGUCACUUUAGAGCGGAUGUUCAGAUUGUGUCAUUUGCCCCCAUACAGGCCACAUUGUCUUCAGCUUCUUUCCAUGACAGCAGCAGCACCAAGUAGCAGGAGUGGAAUUCUAUCCAUUGCUGCUCAGUUCAUUUAAAUGUAAAUGAAAAAAGUUAAUAUUUAAUAGGGAAGCAGUGCAUUGCAGGUACAUGUUUGCUGUGUUGUUUAUCUUUGUUUCCUAGCAGGUCAACAUAACUUGACAAUUUGUCUUUAUGUGGAGCUGUGGUCUGCUGUGACUAAAUUUAGACCUCAUUUGUGCUCUAUAUAUGACCUUUGAUUCAUAAAAAGAACAGAAUUAUAACAACAAGAGGUUCUAGUGUUGAAAAACUGUUCAAUGAAAUCACCCAGUUGGUCAAAACAUGCUAUCUAUGCUGAUAUUGUGGUGUGCUGUUGUUCUGAGAUAAACCAAUGCGAUUAGAUGAAGGUCAGGUGAAGCUUCAGAUGCCAGAUACACCCACUUGCAGGUCUCAAAGUGGUUAAUAGUAGAAUAGUUUUUAACUUCCCAGCAAAAUGCAGUACUCUUACAAUAGCAUGUUGCCUGUCAACUCUUCAGUGGCAAAACAAACACAAAACAAUGCACAAAUCAAUCUUAAAAGUUAUCCAAGUAAUUUGAAAAUGAUGUGCCAGUGACAAGGUAAAAAGUUAGAUUUUCAAAGAAAGUGAAACAAGUGGUUUGUAAGAUGAUUUGCAUGACUGGAUUUUUUUAUUUUAACUAAAUAGACAUUGUAUGUACUUUGAGCCCAGGAUCUGAAAAAACCCACUGAUGUAUAUAAAUGUCCUGCUAUUUAAUCAUUAAGAUUUAAGUUUUCUCUUCUGUUAAAUGAUUUUAAAAACUUUCUAAGACACUCCAUAAAAUCUGGAGAUAAUGUUUAUAAUAUCAUAAGGAAAGAGUUUAAAAAUGUGGAAUCCAAAUGGAAAAUCGUGUUGGACACAUUCUGAAUAAAAUCACCAGUACCAUU